GCAGGAUGAAAAGCACACCAACGACUUUUGCACCACUCAGCUCGUGUCAUGUUGGCAGUCCGUCGAGUUGCCAGCCUAGCUGUCGCGCGCGCCUCUGUGGCGACCAAGAACGCUCCUACAUUGAAGAAGUCCAACCGAUUCGCUGUAUUUCCUCGCCGUAACUUCAGUGAAUCGGCGAAGCCCAACUCGGCAGCCCAUGGCGAAGCCGCUCAGACGGAUGCCAUUGUGUUGACCCCGUACCAAAAGGUUGCUGCUGGUACCCAAGUGGGCAUGUGGACCGCUGCGCUUGGUUUGGCCAGCGUGUGUGGCUACUUCAUCGUGCGCGAGUUGUUCCCUGGCCGCAUGAGCCCCAACUCGCUUUUCAGUGAAGCCAGUGACAUUUGUCUCCAAAACGACUUGGUCGUUCAACGCUUGGGCCAGCCUAUUCGGUGCUACGGCAAGGAUUUUGGUAGCCACAAGGAAGGUCGUCGCAACUUUAUCGAGCACGUGGAACUCAACGACAAGGAAGGCAACAAAACUCGCUUGCGCAUCAAGUUCAACUUGAAGGGACCGAACGGCAAGGCCGAAGCGUGGGCAGAAGUGAACAAGGACAUGCCGACGGGCGAGUUUGUGUACUUGAUCGUGCGAACGUACACAGGGGAGCUGAUCAAGAUCCAGGAUCAGCGCCAGAUUCUGCAGGCCGACUCGGAAGAAGAGCGAGAAGCCAUGCGCAGAUUGCUUGGGCAAUAACUAGGACGACAUAACCCUCUGUUGAUAUUGUCCUACCUACCCUACGUUCCUUCGUCCGGUUCCUGCGAUGCAUAUACAUCACCUUGCAACUCCACGUUGAGGGUAACGUUAUAGGAAAAAAUAAUUGACAAUCAACAGUAAAUACAGAAAA